AUGGCUGGGUUCUGCGACGGCCUGGGCUCCUGCUCGGUCCCGCAUGGCCUGACCCGAGGCAUCGCGCAUCCUCCGAGCUAUGGCCGAGCGGAUCUGGGCUCUGGUAGGCGCCUGUGGUUGAACUCAGCUGCGCUCAGCCCGGCGCCCUACGCGACGGGACCAGGACCGGCUCCCGCUCCAUCCUAUGCUGCAGCGGCUCUCCCCGUCCCGGGUUCGCUCCUCAGUGCUUCAAGCAGUCUGGCGGGCGCCGAUCUCGCGUGGCUGAGCCUGUCCGGACAGCAGGAGCUGCUGAGGCUGGUAAGGCCACCCUACUCCUACUCAGCACUCAUCGCCAUGGCCAUCCAAAGCGCGCCACUGCGCAGGUUGACGCUCAGUCAGAUCUACCAGUAUGUGGCCGGCAACUUCCCCUUCUACAAGCGCAGCAAGGCAGGCUGGCAGAACUCCAUCCGCCACAACCUAUCGCUCAAUGAUUGCUUCAAGAAGGUGCCCCGAGAUGAGAACGACCCAGGAAAAGGCAAUUAUUGGACGCUGGACCCAAACUGUGAGAAGAUGUUUGACAAUGGGAACUUCCGAAGGAAGAGAAGACGGAGAGGAGAGACUAGUGAGGCGGCUGUGCCAGGAGCCAGCGGCCCAGAGGGAUCUGCACUGGAGUCUGGUGGCUCUGCUUCCCAGGACCCGCAGACCUCACCAUCCCCACCUACACCUGAGGCCGCCACCUCUUGCCUCUCUGGCUUCUCCAUGGCCGUGGGAGCCCUGUCCGGAGGCUUUGGCACUCUCCCUGAUGGUCUGGCCCAGGACUUUUCUUUUCGAAGGUCAUCAACCGCGAUUGCCCACAGUCCUCAGAUUCCUAACACCGCUCCCGGCUUUGCCCCUGGCCAUCAGACAGGGGCUGCUGGGGGCUUUAGGGUGGGGCACCUCAUCUACAGCCGGGAGGGGACUGAAGUUUGA